GAGCGGGAGCUGGGAGGAGGGGGAAGGGAGGGAGGAGAGCGCGCGAACGGGAGACGGAGGAGAGAGGAAGAGAGAGCGAGAGAGAGAAGCAGAAAUGAAAGGGAAGCGCCGCGGUGGCGGCGGCCGCGCAGGAGGCCCGGGCCGUGGCGGCGGCGGCGGCGGCGGCUGCUGCUGCUGCGGGGCCCGCACGUGGGUGUCCCGGCGCCGGCGCGCUCCCCCCCGCCGCCCGCCCGGGACUCAAAGUUUCACCCCCCAGCCGCGCCGCCCCGCCCCUCGGCUGCCCACAAACUUUACUCUCCGGGCGGGUGGGGUGGCCGCGCGUCCCCGACACCCGGGGUGGGGGAGGGCGGAGCGCGCCUCCGGGGGCUCGGGGGUCCCCGAGGGCAGCCGUGCGCCGGGGGGCCCCCCGCCGGAACGGCGUCGGGGCGCCCCAGCCGGGGACCUGUUGAAGACGCUCGCCGGCUGGCCGGGUCCCCACGGGCCUGUCCGGAGUCUCCCGAGUCUCCGUCCUCCUUCCUGGUCGCCCACUCUCAACGUCUCCUCGCGGUCAUUUUCCUAAUUGGACAGAGAUGGGGGUGUGAUCCUCCGCGUCAGAUUGGGGGCCUCGAGGCUGCCGGGUUGAGCGCGGAGGGGGGGCCCGGGGACCGUUGGGGCAGCCUUGCGUCUCUGCCCCGGCGCGCAGAUCCCGCAGAUCCGGCCCUCUGCCACCGCCCCCCCCACCCAACCGCGGACUUGCUAACUAGUGUUCGGAGAAGGACUUUGCACCCUUGAGGGUCACCCAGCCAACUUUGAAGCUACUCUUUCAGCCCUGCCUUGAAUACGUCGAUGCCCUCCUAGCCAGCCGCCCAGGGAUGGAGGGCUUCAUGGACUCAGGGACACAGACGGACGCCGUGGUGGUGCUGUCCUUGGCUCAGGCUGCCGUGCUGGGCCUGGUCUCGGAAAAUGAGCUCUUCGGAGCCACCAUAAGCGCCGAAGCCUUCUACCCGGACCUGGGGCCCGAGCUGUCCGGGGCUUCCAUGGGGGAGCCCGGGCCCCCGGGCCCCGACGUCUACCAGCUGGCCUGCAACGGGCGGGCCCUGGAGGAGCCCGCGGAGGAGGAGGUGCUGGAGGUGGAGGCGGCCUUCGAGAAGCACACCCGGCGGAAGACGCGGCCGCCCGUGCGGCUGGUGCCCAAGGUCAAGUUUGAGAAGGUGGAGGAGGAGGAGGAACAGGAGGUCUACGAGGUGUCCGUGCCCGGGGACGACAAGGACGCAGGCCCCGUGGAGGCGCCGGCCGAGGUGGUGGGCGGCGGCUGCGAGUCGCUGGUGCAGAGCAGCGCCGUCAAGAUGAUCGACCUCAGCGCCUUCAGCCGCAAGCCCCGGACGCUGCGGCCCCUGCCCCGAGCCCCGCCGCGGCCAGAGCUGGAUGUGGCCCCCUACGACCCCCACUUCCCCGACCCGGCCCGGGACGGCUUCCCGGAGCCCAGCAUGGCGCUGCCAGGGCCCGAGGCCUUGCCGGCGGAGUGCGGUUUCGAGCCGCCCCCGCUGGCGCCCCUGAGCGACCCCGAGGCCCCCACCAUGGAGUCCCCCGAGCCCGUGAAGCCGGAGCAGGGCUUCGUGUGGCAGGAGGCAGGCGAGUUCGAGGCGGACGCGGCGGGCUCCACGGUGGAGCGCCACAAGAAGGCCCAGCUGGACCGGCUGGACAUCAACGUGCAGAUCGACGACUCCUACCUGGUGGAGGCGGGCGACCGCCAGAAACGCUGGCAGUGCCGCAUGUGCGAGAAGUCCUACACGUCCAAGUACAACCUGGUGACGCACAUCCUGGGCCACAACGGCAUCAAGCCGCACUCCUGCCCGCACUGCAGCAAGCUCUUCAAGCAGCCCAGCCACCUGCAGACGCACCUGCUGACGCACCAGGGCACCCGGCCGCACAAGUGCCAGGUGUGCCACAAGGCCUUCACGCAGACCAGCCACCUCAAGCGCCACAUGCUGCUGCACUCGGAGGUCAAGCCCUACAGCUGCCACUUCUGCGGCCGCGGCUUCGCCUACCCCAGCGAGCUCAAGGCCCACGAGGUGAAGCACGAGAGCGGCCGCUGCCACGUCUGCGUCGAGUGCGGCCUGGACUUCUCCACCCUGACGCAGCUCAAGCGCCACCUGGCCUCCCACCAGGGCCCCACCCUCUACCAGUGCCUCGAGUGCGACAAGUCCUUCCACUACCGCAGCCAGCUGCAGAACCACAUGCUCAAGCACCAGAACGUGCGGCCCUUCGUGUGCACCGAGUGCGGCAUGGAGUUCAGCCAGAUCCACCACCUCAAGCAGCACUCGCUCACCCACAAGGGCGUGAAGGAGUUCAAGUGCGAGGUGUGCGGCCGGGAGUUCACGCUGCAGGCGAACAUGAAGCGGCACAUGCUGAUCCACACCAGCGUCCGGCCCUACCAGUGCCACAUCUGCUUCAAGACCUUCGUGCAGAAGCAGACCCUCAAGACCCACAUGAUUGUACACUCGCCGGUGAAGCCAUUCAAGUGCAAGGUGUGCGGGAAGUCCUUCAACCGCAUGUACAACCUGCUGGGCCACAUGCACCUGCACGCGGGCAGCAAGCCCUUCAAGUGCCCCUACUGCUCCAGCAAGUUCAACCUCAAGGGCAACCUGAGCCGGCACAUGAAGGUCAAGCACGGCGUCAUGGACAUUGGCCUGGAUAGCCAAGACCCCAUGAUGGAGCUGACGGGCGCCGACCCCUCCGAGCUGGACGGCCAGCAGGAGAUGGAGGACUUCGAGGAGAACGCCUUCGCCUACGCGGCGGUGGACGGCGGCGCCGAGGCCAGCGUCCUGACCGAGCAGGCCAUGAAGGAGAUGGCCUAUUACAACGUGCUCUAGCCCGCGCCGGGCCGCCCGGACCGGGGUGAGGAGGGCCCGGGGCGUGGGGGUGAGGCCCGCGGGCCUCGGGCUGCGCCUGCCGCCACAGAGGCGCGAGCUACUACUGCCCCACUGCCCGGAGACCCCCCUGCUCCCCGCCGAGUCGUGUGCACCACGAAGGACUUGGAGACCAAAUGGACUGCACCCCUGGCCUCGGCUGUGAACCAGAACCAGGCCCCAGGCGUCCCAGGGGGAGGGAGGGCAAUGCAGGGGCCCAGGCCUGCGUCUCCGAGCCUGCUGCCGUGGGAAGGCGGGGGACGUGUGGACAGGGGCUGUUUGGGGACAGGUCCCGAGGACACAGGUGCUGGGGUGUGUGUCCCCAGGCCCAGCAGAGCUGGGGCCGCCCUCCUGCUGGCCCCGCAGGGGUCCUGACACUGGAAGAAGAGGCUGCUUGAGCCAGGUUUUGUUUCUCCUCCGGACCAGCUCCUGCCUCUGGGGGUGCCUGAGCUCCUGGGCUGGUCGGCACCGCCCACCCCUGCCUGCUAGCCCCCCGGGAGCUGCACGGAGCCCAGGCCCCAGAGCCGUCUUCCCGCCCUGUCCGUGGACAGCCAGGCUGGGCCCCUGGCGUCUACCUCCUGGUGCCUCCCAAGCCCCCCGACCCCCGCCCCACAGCCAGCGUGCUUGGGCCGACCUGGCUGGUGGGAGAGCAGACGCACCCCAGAAAUCCACCCUGAGAGCACCCUCUCCGGCCACCCCCUCACCCCUGGAAGGUCCCCAUCUUACAGCCCUAAGAUGGAUUUCCACAAAUGUCAUCCAAGUCUCGCAUGAUCGGGGCCAGGGUCCCCGCCCACCCCCACUCCGAGAACAGAGCCGGGACACACUAACAGACGGAGGGAGGCCCCGUGCGCAAGGGUGCAGGGCGCGGUGCGGAGGUCACGGGGACCCAAGGGAGCUGUCCUCCGAGGAGGCCAAGGACCACCUGGGGUGGGGGGGCUGGAGCGUCUUUCUUAUUUAAAGCAUAACAAGUGUCCCCCCUGAAGACAGGGACAGUCCAGUCAGCAGGCUCCCGGGAAGAGCAACAUGGAAAAAGGAAGGUGAAGACCACAGAGGGGAAACAAAAAAAAAAAAAAAAAGAUUUUUUUUUUUGGAGCACAUGGGGGUAUUCGGAAGGUAAUUUAUUAUUACUUUUUUUUCCUUUCCAACUGUGUCGCCUAUUACCUUUUCGGACGGAGGCCGUUCUCUUUCUCCCUGCGGAAGCUUUCUCGUGUGCCAUGCGUGCUGUGUGCCCCCCCCAGAGCGGCCUGGCCGGGCAGGACCGGGCCCGGCAGCGGUGCCCGCCAGAGGCUCGCCCGCACUGCUGCUCGCCUCUGUCCCCACACCGGCUCCUGCCCCUGGAACAGAAGGUGGCAGGCCCAGGGCAGGGAGACGGCACAUUCAGGAAUGCCAGGGCGCCCGGCCUCCUGCCCGCCUCCCAGGCUCAGAGGCCUCCGUGGGGAGGGGCGGGCAGGGCUGGCCCCCCCCCGCCCCCAAGGCAUGGAAGAAGGUGAAGCCACCAACUUCACAGCCUCGAAGCCAGGGGUGGGCGGGGCACCGUGUUGAGAUGCAUCGGCACCCAAGGCUGGACCCCCCCCCCCCCAGCGGAGCACCGAGCCAGGCCUCGGGGUGGCUGUGACCGGCACCGAGGGGAGGACAAGGUGGCCUUGAGAUCGGGCAGCCAGGCGCGACGUCCUUCUCUGCUCCAGCACACACGAAGCCACGGGUGAGAGGGCUGAGGCCACCAGCCCCCCAGGUGCCCGCCGUGAUGACCCUCAGGUGGCAGUGACUCCGUCACUGUAGAAGACAUUUUCUCCUGCUGAGCAGAAGCAUCUUCCCCUGCAAACUACCUCUUCCCACAACGUCUUUCUCCCCUGGUACCAAAAAGAACCCUGUACCUCCUCCUCCUCCUCCUCUUCCCCUCUCCUGCCAGCGCAGUGGCCUUGGUCUCGGGAACCCAAGGGAGAAGGGGUGGGCCCCAGGGUGGGGCGCUCCUCCCCCAGCCCCGCCAUCAGCUCCGGCCCUCUGCGAGGUUCGAUACUUGAAUGCCCCUGCCCGGUGCCUUGGGCCCCGGGCGCAGCUAAGAGACGGGGAGAGCACAACUCACGACUGGAGCUGGGGCAGGGUGGGCUCGGCCGGGCUCCCGUCCCCCCCCCCUCGCCCCCAGCCUUUGCAAAAGAGGUGUGCGGCCUCUCGGGUGACUCGGAAACUCCUGAACGAAUACCACUCUAACUUAUUUUGACCAACCGUUUAGAACUUCCCACUUGUGCAAAGCCCUACUGUGUUUUUACGUUCCUGUUUAAAAAGAAAAGUUUACUUAGCAAUAAUUAUAAAUAAAUGAAUAUUCUUUAGCGCGCGCGACUGCGAGUGCUUCAUUCCACCCUCCCCACCCGGGACCAUCCGCGCACUGGCGAGCUCACCUGCAGCGCCAGGUGCCUGCAGGGAGCUGCCCCGAGCCCGGGGGAAGGGGACCGGCCAAGCCACCGCAAGCACAGAAAAGCUGCAUCCCCCUCCUGACCCACCGGCAGGGCUCCAGGACAAGGGCCAGCUCACCGUGCCACCCUGGGCUGCGGAGGCUGUGCGUUCUGGGGAGCUGCCAGCCCUUCUCCUCUGACGGGCAAGAAGGGGCUGGAAAUCUCGAACUCCCUCCUUCCCCGCCCGGGAGCUGGGCGGACCAGCGGGAGCCCGCCGGCUUUUCUUCCCACAGCCCUGGCCGCAGAGCCGUCCUUCCCACCGAAGGGGGCGCCAGUGAGGCGGGCCGCUGGAGCCCACCUCCCACCUAACAGGCCUUCUUCCCAAGGGUUCAGUUCUAGGAGCUGUGCGAGUGCCCCCCACCCCAAAUUUGGGAAAUGGACGCAGGGCUGCCAAGUAUCUAUUUUAGUGAGUGAACAGCAUAUAACUCUUCCCGAGGACAUUCUAACACCAAAAAGUGUCACAGAAGAGUGAGUAGCCCUGUGAAUGGGAUCUAUUGAACCUCCCAGCAAUUUAUCACCUUACUGUUCUAGUUUUGCUGGAGUGGAGAAGAUGACCAGAGCCUGGGACCCACUGUCCUGGACUACACGGGGGCCUCGAGCACGCCGCCCCCCCGGGCCCCCAGCCCCCCGCAGCUGCUGAGCAGGCCUUGUCAUUUGCACCGAGAAAAGGGCGGAGAGGUCCGGAGAUGUUUAGAACGUUAAAACCAACAGAGAAAGAGAUAAAUGAAAAUGUAACCAGAAUCAGUCACCCCAAAAUGAUACAGGAACCGUGCUAGGAAACUCCAGGGAACCCACAGGCCUGCGACCCCAGAGUCACAGCGGCUACUCAGGUGGCUCCUGCUGGAUGGUACCGGGUCCCCCCCUGAC